ACGUCAGACGGUGCUGGGGGAGGUGGAAGUUGUAUCGCAGUGACACAGACCUGUCUCUCUCUCUCUGUCUCCCUGUCUCUCUCUCUCUGUCUCUCUCUGUCUGUCUCUCUGUCUCUCUCUGUCUGUCUCUCUGUCUCUCUGUCUCUGUCUGUCUCACCGAUCAGCCGGAUCGAUACACUGGUCUGAUCAGUUAAACGGAUCAUACAGCAGCAGCGGCGGCGGGAGGCUCGUGCAGUCAGAACGGGAACAUCGCGCGCAGUCUGAGCCCACAGAGCGACCUCCAUCUUCAUCCUCCUCAUCAUCAUCAUGUCCGGCACCAAGGAGGAGGACCGCAAAGGCUCGAGCGAGUGGCGGGAAUUCUUCUGGAACCCCCGAACUCACGAACUCAUGGGCCGAACCGCCACGAGCUGGGGUCUGAUCCUGCUCUUCUACCUGGUCUUCUACCUGUUCCUGGCGGGCAUGUUUGUUCUCACCAUGUACAUCAUGCUGCUGACGCUUGAUGACUACAAACCCACCUGGCAGGACCGCCUGACCACUCCAGGAAUGAUGAUUCGUCCGAAGGGCGAUCAGCUGGAGAUCAGUUUCUCUGUGUCAAACACUGAGAGCUGGGACGGCUUCGUCCAGAACCUCAACAACUUCCUCUCUCCGUACAACGACAGCUAUCAGGUUCAGACUAAUGAUAACUGCCCUCCAGAUCAAUACUUCAUUCAGGAGGACAGUGGAGAGGUCAGGAACAACCCUAAGCGCUCCUGUCAGUUCAACCGGACGAUGUUGGAGGAAUGCUCUGGGGUUUCUGAUCGUUUCUAUGGUUACAGCAGAGGUGAACCCUGCAUCCUCAUCAAACUGAACCGGGUGAUUGGCAUGUUGCCAGGGAAGGAUGGUCAAUCUCCUUAUGUCACCUGUGGAGCCAAGAGGGAGGACAGCGAUAAGAUUGGGCGUCUGGCAUAUUAUCCUCCUAAUGGGACCUUCAACCUCAUGUACUAUCCGUACUACGGCAAGAAGGCUCAGGUGAACUACACCCAGCCGCUGGUGGCCGUGAAGUUCCUGAACGCCUCUGUGAACACAGACAUCUACGUGGAGUGUAAAAUCAACUCCAACACUCUGGCUGACGGCAGCGAAAGAGACAAGUUUGCUGGACGGGUUUCCUUCAAACUACGAAUCAACGACAAAUAGACACAGACACACACGCACACACACACACACUUUCCAACACACGUUAAGCUGCGCUAACCCAGAUGUUUAAAUGAAAUGAUUCAGUCCGUCCUCUCCUCGUGUUGCCUCAGACACACUGUUUGUGUUUCCAUGUGUAUGUAGAAUGGUUUCUUUUCCUGCUUCAUGAUUCGUUCACUGACCACCGGAGUUAUUUUGAAAUCUUUGUCUCUUUGAGUUACAGUACGGUUGCUGCAGUAGUCGUAUAAAUACAUAUCUUGUUCUGUAUUUCUCUGAUGUGAUCCUCAGUGCAGCUUUAACUCAAACACACUGACCCUGAAACGGACCAAUCAGCAUGCACACAUGCUCUGAUGUCACUGAAGAAUGACAGAUGACAGGAGGAUCUUCACCUCCAUCAUCAUAUCAAUCUGCACGAAGAGCAAAUUAUUGACGGCACAGCUGAUGUGUUUACUGAUCAACAGUGUGUUUAUUACUGUUGUUAAUACUUGUUUAUUUAUUUAUUUAUUUGGCUUAUUGAUGAUUCCUCCUUGUGUUUGUGUGACAUUAAUAUCAUGGCAGAUCCAGCAAACAGUUUACCUUUUGGCUGGUUUCUAUAAACUUAACAUCAGGUAACAUUGGCUUUGACUGGCUUUGAUUGGCUGUUGUAGAGGUUCCUGGACAACCUGGACAACCUGGCAUAAUCUGGUAUUAUCAGUUAGUUCAGAAACUAAAUGAAGCCUCACAACAGAAACCAGUUCAGUUACAGUAUUUGUGAGCUCAGAAAGACAAUUUUAUAGUGACAGAGAUACCACAGAACUGUUCAGGAGCUAGAUCCCACACCACAGUACAAACAAAUCCAGAAAGUGGUGACCAAACCUGUCAAGCACAAAAGACAGAAAUCAAGUUCAUAAAACAUAUACAACCAAAUCAGAAACAACUUGGGAAACAAAACACAUUAUGAUAAAUCAGUUCCUCAGUCCACUAGAAACACAUACGUAAACAGAACAGGAACCAGUUCAGAACCAGAUAUCAAAGACAACCUCACUGCAAGGUCUACUUCAGUUACCGGGCCACAGACCAUUUCAGAAACCAGUUCAGAUAUCAGAUCUUAGGCUGCAUCUGAAACCAGUUCAGAUAUCAGAUCUUAGGCUGCAUCUGAAACCAGUUCAGAUAUCAGAUCUAAAACCGGUUCAGAAACCGGUAACACUUGAUAAACCAGUUCACAAUCCAGUUCAGAAUUCAGGCCAGGAACCAUUUCAAGAACCAGUCUGUCUCCUUGGCCAUGUUAAACCUCAGUCUCUCUGUUCGUUGCUGUGAAAGCUGCUGGAUCCACAGCCGAUCAGAUGAUAGCUUUAGUAACCAUGGCAACAGAUGUGCUGUUGGAUGUCAUAUGUUUGGUCUGUGUUUGUCUUUGUUGCUGCAGCAGAACAACUCGUUAGUUAAUUAGAGGUUUGAUUUAUUAGUGUAUGGCAAGAUGGGUUAGUUCAUUUAGUAACAAGUUAGGAGGUCGUUAGUUUAUAUGUUGUUUUUGUUCACUGUUGAUUUAUUGACAUGUUUCAUUUUAUUUAUUAUCUUCAUCAUGUGGCCAUGACAACCAGGUCACCACACACACACACACACACACACACACACACACACACACACUGUGUCCUCACCUGUCAAUCACAUUCUUGUGCCACAUGGAAAGGUCCCUCCCCACCGCUACUGCUCUCCAUCAGUUGUCUUCCUUUAAAGAGUGACCAGCCAAUGAGAUGCUCCCCCGUAUGAUGUCAUAUGAUACCUGUUUGUGAUUGGUUGAUUUCUCCUGCCUGAAAUUGUCCUUGUGUUGAACAGAUGAUUAAAAACAAAGAAAAAAGUUCUUAAAACUACAAAAAACAACUUGUCUCUGU